AUGUCACUUAUGCGAGAGACCACUCGAGUGACGUCGCGUUCGUCCUGGCCAAUCAAGUCGCACUCAAGUCCUCAGUGCGCUCCUCAAGUCCAUCCUCGGAGCUCCUUCUCAUUCGUGAUGGCCCGGAAGAGCAUCAGCACUCGACCCUGUCGCACCAUAAGUGUGUUAGUGCGAGCCAAAAAUGUGGCAGAGGAAGAGAUCCUCGGGACGCCAGUGCUUGGCUCCAUUGCGGUCUCUGGUCGUGGCUACACUAGUGUGUGA